UUUAGACCUCGGUUCACCUGCAGGAGGAGCUGUGGUUUGCUGCAGCUUCUCUGGAGCUGAAGAGAGCGAUCCCUCUUUUUCUCCUUCAGUGGCAUGAAUAGCAUCCCCAGUGCUGGAGAGAGAGCAUAUCAGGAGGCAAACGACGAGGGGAGAGAGAUAGCAGGCGGUGUGACAGAUAAGAGUGUGGCAGAACUUGCCUUCCUGACUGCACCGUGGGUCGGGGAAAGAGAGAACAAGUGGACCUGAGUGUCAGCCUGCAGCCUGCACCAUAAUCACUCACUCACAGUCACAGAAACAGUCAUUCCCCAGAGCCCGGCUGCAGCAGAACUUCAGAGAGACGACUGACCUCAAAAAGGGAUGAUGGGAGAGCUGUCAGUGAAAGAUAAGGAGCUGAUACGAGGCAGCUGGGAGAGCCUGGGCAAGAACAAAGUUCCUCAUGGUGUCAUCAUGUUCUCAAGAUUGUUUGAGCUGGACCCUGCGCUGCUCAACCUUUUCCACUACAGCACAAACUGUGAUUCCAAACAAGACUGUCUCUCCAGCCCCGAGUUCCUGGACCAUGUCACCAAGGUAAUGCUGGUAAUUGAUGCAGCGGUGAGCCACCUGGAUGAUCUCCACUCUUUGGAGGACUUUCUGCUUAAUCUUGGGAGGAAGCAUCAGGCAGUGGGAGUCAGCACACAGUCAUUCACUGUGGUAGGAGAAUCCCUUCUCUACAUGCUGCAGUGCAGUCUCGGCCAGGCGUACACAGCGCCGCUGCGCCAAGCCUGGCUCAACAUGUACAGCAUCGUGGUAGCGGUAAUGAGCCGAGGAUGGGCCAAGAACGGCGAGGACAAGGCCGACUGAGGCGCAUAGCGGGAGCUGCUGAGCAGUUGCUGUCAAACCAUCAACACGGUUGCCAUGCCAUAAGGUUGUGUAACUGUGCAGCAUCGUGUCUUUGGCUGCUGUACAUGUGCUCUGUGAGCUGGUUUGUAUAACAUGGCGAAUGUAUGGUGUAGUUACACUUUAAAAUUAGACAGACCGAUUGCAGAGUUUAUUUUCUUUGCUGUGGAUGUUUAGCUUCCAGUCGACGCUGAUGUACAGCUGUGAGAAUCAGACGCCGUUGGUCCGUUAAGUCUGGACCAGGAAGCUGAGAGCAUUGAAGAUCACUGUAAGUUUCUUUGUAUAUAAUGGCUUUGAUAUAUUUACUAAACAACAGUGAAUAUAGUGGUCUUUAUGUUGUAUCUUAAGAGAGUUGCACACUUGUGAAAUAUAUAUAUAAAUCUAUAUAUAUAUAUAAAACUAUAUUAUUAUAUCUAGACAUCGCACACUAUUCAAACUGUGACUGUUACUGUGGCCAGCGAAGGCAGCUCUAUAUACAUCUGGAACACAGUGAUACUUAAAAUGUGAUUUUCCAGGAGAAAAUCAGAUCACUUUAGUCAUAACUCUGUGUGUAUGUGUGUCUCCUGGAUUUUUUUAGUUUUUAUUACACAUGUUUUAUCUGAGUUUAUAGCAACUAAAGUGAAUCAAGUUUACUAAAUGCUUAUCAGUGGCUACAGACAAGAACUGUUAACCUUACUCAAAGCUUUCUUCAGUGAUCAAUGACUGUUAGGGUGUUGGUUCACACCUUACUCAACAUAGUUUUUGAUGCUCUCCUCAGACCGAGGUUUUGAGUGUUUCAGUAGGCGUCAGAUGACUGUUAAACGCUACAUUUUAGACAGUUAUGUGACCUUUAGUGUUUAGUAAAGAACAUGUUGGAGCAAAUUCAACAUCUUUGUUUCUUUGCUGUUUUUAUUAAGUGUAAAGGUAUUUAUUGCAGUUGAUUUUCUUUCUAGUGCUUAUUAAUUGCAUUGUUGUCACACCAAAUGAAGAGUUAUCCUAUUACUCCAAUGUAACUUUUCUGUAAGUGUAAGUGAGACUUCACAAGGCAUGAGUUGGUAUGAGAUCUUCAUACAUUUAUUAAAAGGGAACAACACACUCGGAUAUGUUACAUGAUCAAAAUGUGACAUAUUUAAAAAUUUUUCCUGAUAAAAUAGUCUCACAUACUGAUCAUUAAAACUAAGACAUUACUUUAUUGGUUUUUUUUUUUUUAACUCCAUGUAUAGAUUAAAGUAGAAAUAUAAAGUCAACAUCUGCUAAAUUCUUAAACAACAUUAUAGGAGUGAGGGGUCGUUCUUCUUAGCUCCAAAAAGUGGGUUUGGACUGAUAUGAAAUUCUCAUACUUUGAUAAAGUAAUAAUAGCACGACUGCACCUUAAAAUCAUAUAAUUUUAAAUAAAAUCAGCUAGCAUAAUCUCGUCAAAUUUCCAAUUUAGAUGUGGUUUGUUUCUGAUUGGAAAAGACAAGAGGCAUUUUCAAAAAAAGAUAAGACAUAAUAAAAAAAUAUUAUUUUAGAAAAAACAAAUUACAUUUGAAUAAAGAAAGUAGCUAGACUACUAGUAAAUAUUCUCUUCAAUAUUUCUUGAAUUUUUCUUGAAUUUUUAGUUUCUUCACAAAUUUUCUAUCCAAAACACAUCGAAGAAGAAACAUUUUCAAAGUUUAAAUUUGCCUGUGGUAUGAAUAAUACUGUGUGCUUACUGCACAUUAUCAUUCUGCUCUUUGUAGAAUAACACACGUAUAACCAGCUGAUAAUAUCUGGGUCAGCCAACUGUUUGACACAACUCCAUUAAAUAACAGUGUUACAACAAUAAUAGGUUCCUUCAGUUUUCACAACACAACCUAACUUUUUGCAAUCAGACAAUUUAGGGUUUUUGUAAGCCAAUGAAAGAAAGUUGCAGUGACCACAUUUCAGCCAACAGUGCAGAACAAGAAGUGGGAGAGGGAUAAUACCACAUUAUUCAAUACUUAGAUUAUCUUAAACCGAAAGAACAGUACAACAGCAAAGUUCAGUGUUUUUGAGAAAUAAUGUUCUCAAACUUUGGUACCAGUAAGUAGAAAGACUUGGAAACAUUCAAAUUAGCCUGCGUCCUGAGCAACAGAAGCCCUUUAUCAGCCUGCUGACCAGCCAUGGACAGCAAUAGGCUGCAACACUCAGUGCUCCAUACAACCAGAAAAAACUCAAGUCACUCUGGCUCUCAUUACAGAAACAGCAUGACAGAAUAUUUUUAAACUUUAACGUUUUAAAGACUGAGCAUACCUUGAAAUUGGUAACCAGGCCAGGCCUAAUCCUAACUGAUGAGGAUUUUCAUCAGUUAGGAUGAAAAUUAUGGUAUUAUCACAGACCACAGUAAUGCAAAUAAACUGUCUGCUCUCAGUUAUUUGUGUGAUAUACACAGUAACAUGUGUAUAUCACUGCAUUAUAAGCUCUAACACUGUAUGUGUCAGCCACAGCUGUUAUUUACCGUUACAGUAAGAAUGCCAAGCAUCCUAACAAAUGGGCCAAGUAUGAAAAAUACCACCAUUCAACUGUAAAUCCAAGCUGCUGACAUGUGGUUAUUAUUGCUUUAUAUUUAUAAAGUUUAUUUUUAUAUAAUCUGAAUUAUUAUGGUUUUGAAAGAGCAUUAUUUUUAUUCCCCCAGAACGUCGUGCACUUUACUCUUUUGAUAUUUUAUCUUUCGGUUUGUGGUUAAUGAUCCCUGCACUAAUUGGUGGCAAAUUUUAAAUUUUUUAUGUGGUUUCUCUAACUCAAAGUAACAAAAACAAAACAAAAAUGUGCAAUUAUUAUUGCAAACGGAGGGUUUCCAGAUGAACAGUCUAAACCACACAUAGACUGUUCAGUCUGUAUUUUCUCCAGCACGGUUGUAAUGUGUAUAAGCUGGCUCUGAAGGUGUUGCAUUUAUAGUGAGUCUUUUCUUAGCAGGUCGUCUUUUUUUCUUACCUUAAGCAUUUUUAGCCAACCUUACAGACACGUUAACUGUUUUAUUAAGUUUAGUUAUGUGUAUAUAUUGGGUGUGUCACUGUCUACCUCAUCAUAAUCAGCUGCUAUUGAACUGUGAUGACUUCACCUAGUUAUCUUUUGACCAAAAACACACAUUGUUACUAUUAUCAGAGUUAAUAAAGGUACACACUCUUUGUAAAGUAGAUUCUGUCCUGAACUUUUCAGGAGGACAUGUUAUGUGUUUACUUACAACUAAAUAAAGUGAUCUGUGGGUAUUUCA